AUGAAGUUCAUCAGCGCUCCCCGAGGCAACCUCGAUCCCGACUGCUACUUGGCGGGAGACGAAUGCGAUGAAGACGGGAAUAACUGCCGCAAGGUUCACUGGUGCCAUAAUGCCCCCACCACCCGCCCAUGGAAGGAGAGCGAGUAUGACCGCAAGGUCCAAGAAUGUGCUGGUGGUUGCCUCUCCCAGUAUGGGUUGGCCAACCCCGAGCUCAACAAGUGCCUCGAAGCCUGCAUGCCCCCGAAACCGAACGCCAUGCCCACCUCGACUCCGGCCGCUUAG